CGCAGCAGCAGUUGGGACGCGGCUCCUGAUGUCGCUUGCCGCGGAAAAGCGAAGGAAGGCCAAGGCUCUCGAAGAGGCCGGGGCGGCACUGUCCGUGAAGCUCGUCGCUCGAUCCACGCGAGGCCAGCGCAUCAGCGAGUUGCAGGGCGACGACGCCGAGGCGGACGAGACGUUUUGGGGGCAAGGAGCCUGGCAGGAAGAGGAAGACGGGGACUCUGAGUUCAGCUCUGAGGAAGACGAGCCGGACAAGUUCGACAAAGACUUCAACGACAGCGAGAGCGAGGAGGAGGACGAUGACGGCAAGGAGGAUAAUAGGCUCAGAAAAAACGAGCGGGCCGCGAAGCGCAAGCAACCGGGGGGUGUCUACAAGGAGCCCAAGACCUUCGCGGUGAAGAAGAGAAAGACCGCGCCCGCCGCGGGGGCAGCGGGCAGUAGCGCGCGAGGGGGGGGGGGUUCGAGCGGCGCAGCCCACGGCGCACUGUCCAAGAGGACUGUACGAGCCAGCACUAAGAACAAGACGGAGAAAAGUCUGGAGGUUAGAGAAGGCGAAGCAAAGGCGCGCGAGGCACAGCUGAAACGGUCAACACCUCAGCGGAAAAAGGCUAUCAAGGGACAGUUCACCCAGAAACAGCUGCUGCUGGAAGCGAUCCAAACAGAGCAAGAGAAUAUGCGUUGGAUCCUGAAGCAGCGCCGCCUGGAGGAUGAGGCCAAGGAAGACGAGGGCCGGCCCAAGCAGCACAAGAUCCUGGCGUCCCGCUACGCGUCCCGGCGGGGCUGCGUCGACACAAUCUUUUUCCCGGACGCGUACUACCUACCUCCUGUCCUCUGUCAGGCCCCUUUCUCCGCGGGCGGAGGCGACGGCGCAGUCCAGGACAAGGGCAGGAAGACCGGCAAAUCUCCCUCCGAUCGACGAUGCAAGAUCACCGGCGCCCCGGCGCCUUACCGAGAUCCGCUCACGGGGUACUACUACGCCAACAGCGCGGCGUUCCGGGAGACGGCAUCNGGGGGGGGGGCGGGGGGUGGAGGCGCAUCCGGCACUAGAGUAGACGGCAUCGCGCCGGCAGCGGCAGCUGCGGUUUCAGGGGUAGGGGCGGUGGUGGUAGGAAACGGGUCACUGAAGGGAGCAGGGGCAGGGGCGGGAGCGGGAGCGGCGGCGGCGGCGGCGGCUGGCGGCGGUGGUGGUGGCGAGCUGAGCAUCUCCGGAGCUGGCAAGAAGCCCGCCUCGUCUUCGGCCAAAGAGGUUGAGAAGAAGUCCAAGUCUUCCGCGAGCAAGGGGAAGGGGAAGGCGAAGGCCGGCGCUGGCGGUACCGCUUCGACGACGGCCUCCUCCACCGCCGCCGGUGCCGAAAAGGCCAAGGCGGGCACCAAGCGGAAGCAGGCGGCCGGGGGAAAGGGGGCCAAGCCCGCGAAGCGCCCUUUCUUUGCUCCGGCAGGAGGAGGGACGGCGCCGUCUGUGUUGUCACCCGCAGCCGCUGCCGGUUCGGGCGAGAGCCAGCAGCUAGUUCCGCUGCGGGGGAAUAAUACGGCGGUGAUCCACUACGGGUCCAGCCCGGCAGACACCGGGUCGGCUCCGGAGGGAAGCGCCGUGGUGAAGGCGGCAGCCUACGCCGCCGUAGCAGCGCAAAAAGCGGCCGCCGCGGGGAAAGCCGGGGGCGGCAGCGAGUCCCCUCCUCAGGGGAGCGCGGUGGUGAAGGCGGCGGCGUACGCGGCGGUGGCGGCGCAGGCCGCGGCGGCGGCCGGGAUGGCGACGGCAGCGGCUCCCGUGCGGCGGCGGCCGGGGACAAGCACUGCCAUGCCGCUCGUCGCGAAGACUGCGGCGGGAGGUCAACCAGCCUCAAAGAUUGAAGUAGAACAACCGGCGGUGUCAACAUCGACACAGCUGCCCCAGCACCAGCACCUGCAGGCCUCGACGGCGCCGCGUUCGCUGGAGGAAGGGGUAAACGGGUGGGAGGCCGGCUCCAACAGCGCUUCUACCGCCGCUGUGACCGGCGCGACGAACUGCACCGGGUGGAUGCAGCCCGUCCCAGCCCCGGCCCCGCUGGGACAGCCGCCAAGCUAGCCGCGGGUUGUAUUGGCGCGCCGCGGGAGGGGAUGAGAACAUUUUAUUGUGUGAAGCCUAGAGGAGGAGCGAAAAACAAGCCUCUGUGCUGUUUUCUCAGGGGCGGCGGUCAGAUAGCGCGAUUGGUUAGCGUGUUUCGAUUUUGUGGGCGCCCAGUUAGGCGGGUGGUCCGGUGAACAAGCAGGUGGCUUGGUGUGCUACUAGCUAAACCGGCUUCAGGAGCCGUUCCGCUCGGUGGAAUUAAGCUGCGUGUGGUGGAUCUGUCUUCCGCCUCAACUUUGCUUUGUGAUCGUGUUCCUCUUUGUGUUCUUUUCGAUGUGCGUGGCAUGGAUGUGUGUUGUGAGGGCUCGUGUGAUGCGGCGGAAGCGUGGAGCUUCUUUGGCGCAGUUCACCUCUUCCUCACCAACUCCAGCAGUCGUGGUCGGCUAUAGGUGCCGUAGAAAACAGCGCAGUAUAGGUGUGUGCGGGCGUGUACGGUCUAUGUGUCACUGAGUGGGUGGUGAGUGUGUGCGCGUUAACAGAGUUCUUCGUCUGACUCCUUGUUUUGCUCUCUGGGGUGACGAAACACGGCCGCACCGUGACCCGAAGUAGGUAAUGAGCACCGUGCUGCUUGUGUGAUGACGGCGUUGCGGUGGUCGCCCCAAAGCCUGCCCCACCCUAUCUUUUUGGAAGGUAGGAGUAGUAGAUAUCGAGCAGGGUAGGACGUGAUGGUAUGUUUUACCGAGGCAUGACGAUGACGAUCCCCAUGGAGGGGAAACAAUCCAGGAACAAAUCACAAGUCGCGGCGAACACUGCGGUUUUGGUUCU